GAGCGGGACCUGCAGGAUCCGUGUUCCGGCUGCGGGCUCCCGUCAUGCUGGGCACGGUGAAGAUGGAAGGGCACGAAGCUCCGGACUGGAGCGGAUACUACAGCGAGGAGAUGUACUCUCCGAUGGCAGGCAGUGGAAUGGGUUCUGGUCUCGGGAUGGGCUCCAUGUCGGGCUACAUGUCCAGCAGCGGGACCACGUCAGGCUCCUUCAAUAUGUCGUACAGUGGGACCGGUCUGAGCCCCGCUCCAGUGGGGGGGAUGGGCAGCUCGGCUCCAGCAGCCAUGUCGGGUUUGGGAGGGGGCGUGGCUUCGAUGGGCGGGGCUCUGAGCCCAUCAAGUAUGGGCUCGGUGUCGGCCCAGCAGGCCUCGAUGGGUCUGAACCCAUACGGGGGCAUGAGUCCCACCGUGAGCCCUGGCAUGACGUAUGGCAGCGGAGGGCUAAACCGCGGCCGCGACAACAAGGCGUUCAGACGGAGCUACCCACACGCCAAACCCCCCUACUCCUACAUCUCACUCAUCACCAUGGCGAUCCAGCAGGCACCCAGCAAGAUGCUGACCCUGAGCGAGAUCUACCAGUGGAUCAUGGACCUGUUCCCGUACUACCGCCAGAACCAGCAGCGGUGGCAGAACUCCAUCCGGCACUCGCUGUCCUUCAACGACUGCUUUGUCAAGGUAUCGCGUUCGCCGGACAAACCGGGGAAGGGCUCGUACUGGACCCUACACCCGGACUCAGGGAACAUGUUCGAGAACGGCUGCUACCUGCGGCGCCAGAAGAGGUUCAAGUGCGAGAAGAAGAUGUCGCCAAAAUCCGACGGCAGGAAGGAGCAGGGAGGAGGAGGAGCUUCUCCUUCUGGGGAUUCCAUCAAACCUCCAGGACUCCUGGACUCCUCCUCUAUGCCCUCCUCCAGCCAGGCUGCCUCGCCUCCCGGUCUGGACCUGCGGGGAGGUGUUGGCGGGGCGUCAGACCUGAAGGUGUCCGGCUCACAGCUCCUGUCCUCCCUGUCAUUGCCCCCCCACUCCAUGGCGCACGAGUCCCAACUGCACCUGAAAGGAGACCCCCACUACUCCUUCAACCACCCGUUCUCCAUUAAUAACUUAAUGUCGUCUUCAGAGCAGCAGCACAAACUGGACCUGAAGGCCUACGAAGCGCUGCAGUACUCCUCCUACAGUGCUGGUGGGGCGUCCGGCCUCGGGGGGAGGACCAUGGAGCCUCUGGAGGCCUCCUACUACCAGGGGGUGUACCCCAGACCGCUCCUCAACACCUCGUAG